GUGAGAAGACGGUUUCGCUAUGUGAGCUGAAUAUUUCAGUCUGCAGUGACAAUAUCUUCGGUUAAUCUUCAAUCUCCAGAGAGAAUCAAUCAGACUAAAAUAUUCGACAUCGGAGGAGGAAGAGCCCGAUCAUCAGAUUUGACACAUUAUGUCUGUUAUCAAGCAAGAUGUUCUUGCUCAUCAUUUUAUCCUCAACCAACAAGACAUCUCUUUUCUGAACCAGAGGGAAUCUCUGAAAAGCAAAGAGAGAGCAGAGGAACCAGAACUUGUACAAGUACAAGAAGAGCAUGAGUCAGAACCAGAACUUACUGCACCAAAGCUAGAGAUGGAAAACACAAAAGGAAGAGAUUCUGAAAUGAAAGAAGAGCCAGAGGAACUAGAAGAUGAUAAUCAAUUAGGAUCUCUGCAGAUUGUAAAGAUUGAGGUUGAAGACAUCAACCAGGAUGGAAACCAGGAUGUACUGGACCAAGAGAUGGAUACUUUAAUGGGAGCCAAUUCUGUAUCUCACCAAAUCAAAGAGGAACCAGUAGAACUAGAACUUAAACAAAUAAAGGAACAGGAAGAUGGAUCAGGACUUGAGCAGAUGGCAAACAUUGAGGCUGAUGGUAUCAGUCAGGAUGAGGACCAGAAAGUACAGAAGGAGGAGAUUGAUAUCUUAAUCCUAAAGCUUUCUGAUGAUGAAACAGACCACCAACAACUGGAGCUCAAUGGAACUCAAAUCAUCUCUCAGAACAUCCCUGAAGCAGAUCAUCAUCAGGGAAUAAAGACUAACGAAGCCUCGGGAUCCCGCAGAGAUAAACAGCAACAGAAGACCAGAAGUGAGGAUGAAGAGCAAAGGAUGAAGGGCAAGAAAAUUCCAAAGGAUAAAACAUUGAAACAGUGCAAAGUGUGUCAUAAAAGUUUCAAAUUCAACUGUGGAUUAACAGUUCACAUGAGAACUCACACAGGUGAGAAACCUUUCUCAUGUAUAAUCUGUGGAAAGUCUUUUAAUCAAAAAGGUAAUUUGAUUAGCCACAUGAGAACUCAUACAGGUGAGAAACCUUUCUCAUGUCUGACCUGUGGAAAAAGUUUCAAUCAAAAACAUAUUUUGAAUUGUCACAUGAGAACUCACACAGGUGAGAAGCCAUUCUCAUGUAAAACUUGUGGGAAAUGUUUCAGGCACAAAAAUGAUUUGAAUAGCCACAUGAGAAUUCACACAAGUGAGAAACCUUUUUCAUGUUUAACCUGUGGAAAGGGUUUCAAUACAAAGCGUAAUUUGACUAACCACAUGACAAAUCAUACAGGUGAGAAGCCUUUUUCUUGUAUAACCUGUGGAAAAGGUUUCAAUCAAAAAGGUCACUUGAAUAGGCACUUGAGAACUCACACGGGUGAGAAGCCUUUCCCAUGUAUGACGUGUGGAAAAUGUUUCAAUCAAAGAGGAAGUUUGACAAGCCACAUGAGAACUCACACAGGUGAGAAGCCUUUUUCAUGUAUAAUUUGUGGAAAGGGUUUCAAUGCGAAACGUAAUUUGACUAACCACAUAAGGAAUCAUACAGGUGAGAAGCCUUUCUCAUGUGGAACCUGUGGCAAAGGUUUCAGUCAUAAAAAAAGUUUGACUAACCAUGUUAUAAUUCACACAAAAUAGAAACUUUUCAAGUAACGCAAAGUCAUGUGACCGGGGCGAGGAAUGUAGCUUGUUAACUGUAGCGCCACACUCUUCCUGAUGUACCUUUGUUUUCAUAUAUGAUCUUUUGGUUGACAUGUUCACCAAGUAGAAAGUGAUGACGAGAAUGUCGCAGAACCAAUCUGUCAAACAGCUCAAAAACAAAUGAAUGUCCGCUCUGCUGACAGUAAAGAAACUAUUAACCUAGUUAAGCUGGAGCAUGCGGCGGUGGCGUAGGGGAUAGCACGAUACACAUUUGGAGGCCUUGAGUCCUCGACACGGCUGUUGAGGGUUGGAUUCCCUGACCCGGCGAUAUUUACCGCAUGUCUUCCCCCCUUCUCCUUCCCCCUUUUCUGUCAGCCUGCUGUCAUAUAAGGGACACUAGAGCCACAAAAGACCCCCUGGUGGGGAUAAAAACAAAAAACAAAACCUAGUUAAGCUAGCAGUAGCAGAAGCCAGAACUACCCCAGUGGAAGAAGUGGUUGACCAAUUUUCAGGCUAAACACAAGCUAUGGUGACGGAGCAGAUCGCUGAAAAUCUGAUUGCUAUCUGAGCAGACACCUCAGAGUGUUUAGAAACCACCACUAGCUGCCUAACAGAUGUGGAUAGCCGCCUCUCUACAUUGGUGGGCAAGCUAGCAACACUGUGCACCACACUGAAGGAAAAAGUAACAGAUCUGGUGGAGAGGUCGGCCAGAGACAACAUAAAGAUAGAUGGGAUUCCUGAAACAGCUAACCUUCUCAGCUAUUUGUUCGAUGCUGUCCUGAAGUGGUUCCUGGAGACGCCAUCAGUUGAAACUGUGCGAAUCGGUCCGACAGGGAAAAAGUCCAACUGUUGGCCAAUUCUGUGUACCGUUCUGCUGACGUUUACUGACAGAGAUGGGUCCAAUGUUUGGAGGUAAACCAGACUCAUUAAGUGCUGUUUGUUAUGUUCAUAUAUAAAAAUGUUCUGCCCUUUAUUGACCUCUAGCUCCAUGGUGACAGGACGAUCUCUGGGGAAUCCAUUGGAAAGGAAACUUUUACUCUUUCAAUUCAUACUCAGAAUGUAUUUCACCCCAAGAAUGGAAUUGCUAUGAAAAUGAUUUCAUUUCCUAAUUAUGACUUAUGCACACUUAAUAAUCAUUGUGAUUAAUGAUUAUUGAUUGUAUAAUUAUUGUAUUUGGGUUGUGCUAAUGUUUUUGUAAACAACAAAAAUGACGUGGCUCUUGGAUGACGAAGACGUGACGAGAUGUCGGAGUUUUAAUUGACACAAAGCUAAAGGAGAAUGUUUGUGGGCCAGUCAGACAUCAACAUGUUGGGUAUUUCUGCCAGUCAAAAGCUGAAGCGUAUCAAUAAUGCUGCUCCAUCCUGUUUGGUCACGCCCACCACCUGAAUGACUUGAAUCACGGCGUAUAACAGCAUCAUGUUAUAUGAAGGGACUGUCUGAACAGAAACCCUGAAGGGAUUUAUGGCCGUCACCGUUUGACAGAAGAACUCGAUUAUCUCAGCAGACGGUGGUAAAUGUGGAUUUAAACUUGGUGAACAAAAUUCUAGGAAUCUUACAAAAUACCAAAACCUCAACAUGCAGAUACUUUUUCAAAGGUAAGUUACACUAAUCUCUGUUAUAUGAUAGUCAUACAAUGUUACUCAAUUAUCAGCUUGUGUUAAAUUUAGUAGUUAUGAAGUUCCACAUAACUGGCGCACGUGGGUGCUAUCUUCAUUUUAAAGUUUGCUUGGUUGCUCUGUAAAGUCAGUUGAUUCUCUGAUAUGUGUUACUAUUAUCUGAGGAACCUGUGAGAUUUAUGGAUGGGCUGAGGCUGCCACCAUCUUGUAAAAUACAGAAUCAGCCUUAAAUGUUAAUGAAACACAGAAACAUCAAAACGAGGUCCACUAUGGACCUGACGUGACGACAACAAACAUGGCUGCUCUCAACAUCCACACCCUUUUUCAAACGACAACCUUUUCCCUCAACGCAUCCGCAGAAAUGAAAACUGUCCCUGAAAGACGGACGUGAGUAAAAAGAGUCUCAUCUCUUGCUCACCGUCAGUGAGGCUGAAGAUCAGAAAGUGUGUCUGUGAUUCUCUGUAGAGUUCAGACCUGAGCUUCAGAAUCACUUCACUCAAAAAUCUCCUGGGAAUGAAACGGAGCACGAGACUUUUGUGUUUUACUCUUAGUAAAAUACUGUGGUUUGAUUCUUGAGUUGAAAUGUUCACUGAUGCAGUCCUAUUCACUCAUUUGAUUUUGAAUCGGGUUGGUCUUUUGGUUUAUGGUAACAUAUUCCAUGAAGAAUGUUUCUGCAAUAAUGCAAUAUGAAAGUUAUGGACAGCGUGUAGAUUUUCAUCCUACUGGUGGAAAUAUUCUGUAAUUGCUGAAGGUGCGAUCAGAAAAAUAGACAUUUAUAAAAUUAACUCUGUUCGUGUAUGAAUUGUAUUUUCGGAAAAUAACUUUAUGCCACAACUGAGUAAAAACAAAACUCAUUUUGAUCAUUUCAUCAAGUGAAUUGAUGAAAAAGUAUUUUCAUUUUACAUAAAGUUAUGUUGACUAGAUUGUAGAUUUAGUUGACUAAAUUUCAUUAAACUUGUUUGACUACAACAAUUUCUUUUGGCUAAAUGUAAAUAAAGAUUUUCUGUAGAAACCAACCCUGCAUUGUAUCAUUUUUUGGUAAAAGUCUGAUCCACGUGUGGCUUCUGGAGGUUUGGAGCUGAGGAGCAGUGAGCAUGCAGACGGUCUGAGGAGGAGGAAGAGCAGCCAUGUGAAGAGAAACUCUGGAUCUUCACUGAGAGUUUGUAGAAGACUGAAGGAAACCAGGAAGCUGCACAGAGGGUGGGAUCCAGACUGGUAACCUUUAAAGCAGCCAUUCUUACCCAUCGGGCCCACAUUUGGGCCGCCAGCGCCACCUAGAGGUCUGCAAGAAACUCCCAGGAUGUUACCAGUAGGCCGCGGUGUAGUGAAGUUUUCAGAAACCAGAGAUUUUACCGUCAGAAUUCAGGCGCUGAGUUACAAUACAAGUUUCCACCACUUGGUGGCAGUAAUGUGCCAUCAGUUGUUUAAUAAGCUCUAAGGAGCAGAAGAAGAAACCAGGCAAUACUGGAGACGAUUUAAUGUGAAAAUACUUCCGUCUCCAGCGCUGAGGGCUGCAGCUCCUCUUCCCAUUAACAACCAGUAGAUCCACCUUCACUGGGUCUUACCUUCACUUAUGAACUCCAUUCAUAAGUGAAGGUAAGACAGGAAUAACUUUUUGUUUAGUUUUUUAAUGAAAUGUACGUUCUGUGAGCUAGUUUGUAUGUUUAAAGAAACAUAACCUGAAAACUGCUGUUAGAUGAGCUAAUAGCAGCUGUAGCUAAUCUGAUCUGAUCUAAUUUUUUUCCUCUCUUGCUCUCGGUGAAGGUGGAUGCUUUUUCCUCUGCUCCCUUCCUGCCCUGCUUGCUCUAUAUUUUUGGAGCCUCUCUUUGCACAUCCUCCAAAUCUACAAGUUAUUGAUCUGCUCAGCUGCUCUCAAUGCAGUUGAUCAAGUUUCCUCAAC